UUUGCUAAAUAAUUCGCCAUUUAACAACGCACCCAUUUCCCACCAUAUGUUGACAGUUUCCGUUCUUCACAGCAAUUAAUUUAGCCGACUGGCAAAUGUGAGUGCUGCACAAGCAUUAAAAUUCGUGUUAAAUUCAGCAUAAAAUGAAAGUGUUUGCUAAUAAAACUAUUCAUUAUUUAUUAACCUGUUAUUAAAGGUAAAAUUCAACGUGUCUACAUUUCUUUUAAUAUAAAAAUUAUGUGAUUGAAAAUAAUAUGUGUUCGUGCAUGCAUUCGGUAGAAUGAGGACAGCAGACAUUCGGUAGAAUGAGUAGUGGAAAAUCAAAACACAAUUUUAUUUCACAGCAAACAUGCAGGUAUUUCAGCAUGCACAAACAUGCAAAAUGGGAAAUAGCGAAAGUCACAUUGUUGUUUAAUGUAACGUAACCAGUUACUUACAACAUGCACAAACAUGUAAAUUGGAGAAUACGAAAAGUGACAAUGUUGUGCACGGCCUCUUCUAUUAUUGAAUGAUUAUUAAAGUGAGUUAAUAUUUGUGUUCUGAGUAAAUAACUAAAUGAACAUCCAAAUUUGCAGCAUUCAGUAUUUAAAAUUCAGAAUUAAAAGUGAUUUGCUUAUUAUUAUGAAAAAAUAGUUUUUGUGAUUAAAAGUGUAAAUCAAACUAUGUGAAUAAAUUGUGAGUAAUAUAAUACAAAAAAUAGCGCAGUAGUAGUCGUAGGAAAAGUAAAAGUAAUACAAAGUCGUAGUCUAAAUAAAAAAGGAAAAACAACAUAAUAAAAAAUAGUGCAGUUACUUGGUGCAAACUGAAAAAAUUGUGAGUAAUAAAUAGAAAAUAGUGCAGUGGCGUAAUGAAAAUGAAGAAACUAUGAGUAAUACAGUAAGAAAAUAGAGCAGUGUAGUAGUCUAAGUGUAAAAGGGUAUGCGUUUAGUUAUUACAAACAAUAAAAUAAUAUGCUGCUAAUAUAUUGAAUACACCUAAAUAGAUGACUAAAACAAGCGGUGCGUCUUCUAAGAAUUUUGCCACUGGUUUUGCUGGUCUCACGGUCGCCAGCACGUGCCACAGCCACCAACAGUCUUGUAAAGCGUUCAUACAUUACAACUAGCGACAAUUUCGCAGCAGCAGGUAGUUGCAGUAGCAGCAGCAGCAAAAAUACAAGUAUGCCAGAGAAACGUGUAGUGCCAGUGAUUUCUUCUUUGGAGGAUUUCGAACGCAAAUUACCUGGAUAUUUGAAUGCAAAAACACCACUCGCCUUGCUCUUGGACUACGAUGGCACAUUGGCCGCCAUUGCCGAUAAUCCAAAGAACACCUUUAUGACUGUGGAUAUGGAAAAGAUGUUAAAUCAGUUAGCCGUACAUCCUCAAAUAUUUUUGUCCAUUAUCUCUGGACGUGGACUACGUGAUGUACAAUCACGCAUCGGCAUCAAAGGGAUCACUUAUGCCGGCAAUCAUGGUUUGGAAAUUGAAAGUGGCAAUGGUACACGUCACGACUAUGCGUUACCCGCUGAACUAAAGAAACAUUACGCGCCGAUGGUUAAAGAACUGACCGAUAAUGUGCAAAAAAAUGGUGCUUGGAUUGAGGAUAAAACAGUAACGUUAACUUAUCAUUAUCGUGAUGUACCCGCCGACAAAUCUGAGGAGCAAAAGCAAGUGGCUAUACGGAUAAUCGAAUCGCAUGGCUUCAGUGCACAGCUAGCGCACCACGCAAUUGAAGCGAAGCCACCAGUGAAUUGGCAUAAAGGUGAAGCUGCGCUACUCAUAUUGAAGGACCGCUUCGGCGAGAAUUGGGCCGAUAAAAUUAAAGUGAUAUUCGCCGGCGAUGACAACACCGAUGAGGAUGCCAUGCGGUUUCUGCAAGGUUCCAGCAAAACAUUCCGCGUCUCUCUUGAUCCUGAAAUCCAGACCUACGCCGAUUUCCGCUUAGCUCAACAAGACGUUGUGGAGGACUUGCUAAAAUGGAUAAGAAAAACUUACUCCGAUUAGUUUUUAGUAUUUUUUGCGAAAGCAGCGUGGGAUCGUUUUCACUUACAGUAGUUUAAUAGAAAAUUUAUAAAUAUUAGGACUGUAAGCUUAUCAAAAUUAUGCGAAGUGAUGUGCAACGGCUGAUAAUUGGAUAUAGUGUACAGAUAUCUUUUGUAUAUAGGUGCUAUCUAGGUUAUUUAGAUUUAUGCAAAUUGAUAUUUAUGUUAAAGAAAAAUACAUAGCAUUGGUAAUAAAUUUACAAAAAAAUGUUGAAAACAUUUCAAAGCA